AUGACAAAAGAACUCGAUGAUCAUCAAGAGAACUCGCCAAAUGAAGACACAGAGAUAAAAGGGAAAACACCAUCCAAAGAAAACAUCGAAGAAUGGGCCACAUUUGACCAGGAAUUACAAGCAUUUGACUCAAAUAUCUCUUCCCACUCAGAAUACCUUAGUGCGUCAAGUCAAAGCAAUACAGACCAGUAUCAGUCUUCGUACAACUUCUUACAACCAAGCCCAGAUAAUGAAAGUCCAAAAAACGUAGCUUCCGAUAGACAUCUUGACGUCCAACACUCCUCGCCCGCUCCCAGUCAAAUCCCACAGAUAAAACCAAGGAAUCCAUUAAGGAUCGACACAAGCAGAGCAGGUGUACCUAGAAUUAACGCCGUAAGGGCCGAUGUGGCUCUUAACAGAUCGGAGAGUGACCCCACAGACCGAAAAGGCAAACGACCACUUCGACAAGUCUUGAAUUGGGCACCAAGUGGAUCAAAUCCAAUAAAACACCGCAUUCCAUCCGUUACAUCUAAUCCACUCACAUCCGGUCCCUACAGCAAUCUGUGUGCCAGUCAAAAUGACUCUGAUGCUCUUGCAAGACAAGCACGAAUCAGAAAAGCACACAUGGCUUCUGCUGCUGCUGAAUGUAUGGUAGCAGCUGCAAAAGUAGCUAAGGCCAGAAAAAUUCACGCUGCCGCUGAUCCUUCAUCUGUAAGCUCACCCAGGAAGAAUAACAGUCUUCAAGAAGUACCUUCCGGUAGUCAAUCUGUAGCAGAGGUACCGGAAUGGUCCGACAGCGACACCGUGACAGAUAGCAAAACAAACUCGCUCGAAAGCUCUCCAAUUCACACUCCACGCCAAGACGAUACACUCCCAAAGAGCCCAGUGUCCGAUACACAUGGAACUCUAGAAAUACCUGUGGAAAGCUACUUUGAAUUUUCUCCGGAAGCACUCGGGCAAGCUAUUGUUAUGGAAGUAGAUAACAGGACUAUACAGAGAAUUGUAGAUCGAGUCUUGGCUGAUGCUGCACUAAGAUACUCUAGCGAGCCAAAAGAAAUAGUCGUAGACAAGAGCGUUGCUUUUAUCGACCCGGUUGAUAAGCAAGUUGAAGAAACCCAUCAAAAGUGUGAAGUUUCAGAGUCACCAAAAGAGAUGUUGGAAGUCUUUGAUCUUUCGCCUUCAAAAGACCCUAUAUCUACCAGUGAGGCAUGCGAUACCAACACAAUUGGCGUCGUCAAACCAUCAAAUAUUUCACAGCAUAAUAAAGGCAACUCAGUACGUUCUCAUUCAUCUCAGGUCUCCAACGAAAAUCCAAAGCUUUUAAGAAAUAGUGGAUCCACAAAUUCGGGGACUAAAGUUCCUUCACCUCAAGAGAAAGUCGAGGAAAUAAAAGAGAAUGAUGAAGCAACAUUAUUAAAAAUGGCUUUCGAAUCUGCCAGGACUAACAAACGAAUGAGUGCAAUAAAAGAAUUAUUGGAGACAGAAGAAAGCUAUGCUAAAAAACUAAGCAAUUAUGUUAGACAUUUUCUGUUUCCAAUCCAACAAAAGAAUAAUAUACCUGACGAUAAGAAGCAGAUACUGCUGCGAAAUUGCUCUCAAAUUCACCGCUUUGAAGAAGAUUUUCUGGUCGCCUUACAAAGCGCUCAUAUGACUAAACAAAGCACAUUGAAUGGCCAUAUACACACUGGAAAUAUUAUUGCAAUAGCCCGUUGCUUUAUUGAAUGGGGACCUCGUUUUGAAGUUUACAUUGAGUAUUGUGUAAAUCAUGAUGAUGCGUAUCUCUUGUACAAAGAAUUAUUGGAAACCAGUGACGAUUUUUCCAAGAUGAUGGCCCAGCUCCACGCAAAGAAUCCUGUCGCAUUCCGAGGAAGUCGGCUCACUAUGACUGAUUAUAUGAUGAUGCCUAUUCAACGCUUAUUGCGUUACAGGAUUUUGUUACAGACAAUUACAAAGGCCACACAAAAAGAUACAGUAGAGUAUGAAGAACUUUCUAAAGCCCAAGACGCAAUGCACAAGAUAGCAAGCAGAAUCGAUGACGAAAAGGCCCGUGUACAAGCUGUAAAGAAGACAGGAAUGUUUUUAUCGCGAAUAGAGUCAGACUCGUCUUUACCUGAGAGAUGGUAUAAUGCGCUUGGGGUUUGUGUGCUUAUUGGUACUUUGGAAGUACGGAGUGAUACAAACAGCAUGCGUAUCAAACGACUUGGGUGUGCUCUUUUUGACAAUUAUAUGAUUAUUGUCAAAGGAAAAAAGCCAAAGCGAUAUCAGCUUCAAUACUGGUUUCCUCUCAGAAUUUUUACUGUAGAUCCAAAUGGUGGACUAGAUCAUGGAUGGACAAUGUUGAGUGAUAGAUACACGUUUGAUUUUGGUUCAGUGUGCGAGCAAGAACGGAUCAUCUGGGUAGAAGCACUAGGAAAAACAAUUGAACAAUCAAAAGUUCGAUAUGAGCAGUUACAAGAGGAGGAUUGCCUUGAGCAUCUUUUUGGAUCUUCUUUUGAUAUCGAGCGACCUCUUCACCGUAGAGCAUCCACCGUUCAUAGCUCAAACUCAUUUGCUAGCAUAUCCAGUCUUGCUUCACACAAAUCUCACAAGUCCUUAAGUGAAGCUGCUAGAAUGGAGGCUGAUACAAUUCUACAUUCAACAAUUGAUGAAACAAGUAUUAAAUCUCACUCAAGUUUUCACGAUAUACAAGAGUUCUUUGCCAAUAGUGUGUCCGGAAAGUGGGGAUAUUCUAAGCAGGUUCAGGUUACCCAGAAUCAGCAGGCAAUAGAUCAUAGGUUUGAAGACGUUUGCACAACUCCUUUAUUGAAAGCACGAUGUCAGGCCAUACAAGACCGAGCAAGUACUUUCAGUAGCUGGCGCCAUCGAUCGUACGUUUCAAAGACGCCUUCGGUUCUUUCAUUCCGUCACAUAGAAGAAAAUGGAUAUUUUGGAUCGGCAUCUUCUUCUGUCACAUCUUCACCUCAUCCACUUCCUUCUAGUAACCGUGCCACACCUGUUGCAACAAGUCCUCAAUACCGAAAUUUCGGAGAUGGACUUAUGAGUGCAAUUCAGCGCAAGACAUCCUUACCUAUCCGCCCUUCAGUGUCGACUCCAAAAGAAAAAAAGAUGGGCCACCGACAGGCUAUGCCUCCACCUCCUACCCCUCAGCGCCCCCAGGCAAUACAGAACGUAUCAUUACCCUGUGCAUAUGAUGAUGAGAACAGUCUCGAGAAAGCAAGCCAAAAGAAAAGUAUGAUCUUUAAGUUAUCACAGCGUCCUCAAAAGCCCGUCGAAAGAUCUGGAGGAGAUAAAGAAUCCUCUGGCAUGAGUCGAGUCCCAAGUGCAAUUUUUGGGAAGUUAGCUGUCCGAUUAGGAAAUCUUGGGGCACCUCUUAGACAAAGGUCUCAUGCCAGUUCGUCUACUACCUCUGUUAAUGUGAUGGCAUUAUCUCUGAGCUCUUCUGAAUGUCUGGAACAUACAGAAGGGGAUAACUCUGGAUCAUUUGAAAAGAAAAAGCAGCGUCUUAGUAGACUCGCAUUGUCUUCUCGUAGCUCUACCAUGGAACAAAAAGCAUCAUCAAGUACAAAAUCCGUCAUAAGCCAAGCAACGGGCCACAGUGGUCUUCCACCUUUGCCUUCUAGCAAUACAAGUCUCAAAUUAUCUGUUGAGAGCAGAAGAUCGUCAAAGAGUGGUAUCGUGUCUUCUCCAGAUAUACAAGAAACAGGAUCCACCAGGGCAGAGUCAUGCGAGUCGGGCUCGUCCUCUAAUUCUCUACCAAUAACAAACACAACCGAACCACGUCGAUUUAAAAAUCUUCGUACUCGUCUUUUCGAAUUUGCUUCACCUCUUCAAAAGCGAAACAAACCUUCCUAA